GCUAUCUCAUCAAAACAUCACCUCUCUGUCACACACACAGCCGCGCUAAUCUGCAUCACAGCACGAGCCGUACCCGAUAAUGGCGAACUCACCGACGCCAACAGUGCUGGCGUUCCUGGCUCUUGGGCUGGCGCUCCUACUCCCUGCGGCCGCGCAGAACUGCGGCUGUCAGCCCAACUUGUGCUGCAGCAAAUAUGGGUACUGCGGCACGGGCAACGAGUACUGCGGUGAAGGGUGCCGCUCCGGCCCGUGCUCUGGGAGCGGCAGCGGAGGCAACACCGGCGUGCCUGUGGAUAGCGUGGUCACCGAGGCGUUCUUCAACGGGAUCAAGAACAAGGCCCCGAACAGCUGCGCCGGCAAGAACUUCUACACGCGGCAAUCGUUCCUGAACGCCGCCGGCUCCUACUCGGGCUUUGCCAAGGGCCGCUCCAACGACGACUCCAAGCGCGAGAUCGCCGCCUUCUUCGCGCACGUCACGCACGAGACCGGAAGUAUGUGCUACAUCGAGGAGAUAAACGGGGCGAGCAGGAACUACUGCGACAGCAGCAACAGGCAGUGGCCGUGCCAGCCGGGGAAGGGGUACUUCGGGCGCGGGCCGCUGCAGAUCUCGUGGAACUACAACUACGGGCCGGCGGGGCAGAGCAUCGGGUUCGACGGGCUGAGGAACCCGGAGAGGGUGGCGCAGGACCCGGUGGUCGCCUUCAAGACGGCGCUCUGGUUCUGGAUGAACAACGUGCACCAGGUGAUGCCGCAGGGGUUCGGCGCAACCAUCAGGGCCAUCAACGGCGCGCUCGAGUGCAACGGCAAGAACUCCGGCGCCGUCAACGCCAGGGUGAACUACUACAGGGACUACUGCCGCCAGUUCGGCGUCGACCCCGGCGGCAACCUCUCCUGCUAAUUAAUUCUCUAGCUGCACGCUCAUCGAAGGCCGAACAAAUAAAGUAUAUUGUUAGUAGUAAAUAAAACGUCUGCGCAUGUACGACGUACGUAGCAUGCAUGCACGUAUAUGUACGGUACGUACACGCUGAAAGUGACGUCAAGAGCUAGGUGGCAGUGUUGUAUACUGUGUGGCGGCGGCUGGCCGCCACCAUGCGUUAUGCCUACUAUCAACUGGUACGAAAUGUUGACUGUUGACCGCUUAAAUAAAUCACGACUAAAGUUUGCUUCCAA